AUGGCGAAGCUCUGCACCCUCAGCAUCCUCCUGAGCAUCCUCCUGGUCCCUGCUCAUGCCAGCAGGUCACCCGACUGCGGGGGCAUCCUCACCCCUUCAGGGCUGAGCUACAUCGCUGAAGUGUCAAAGCCACACGCGGAGACAGUCCUCAGUCAGGACCUCAUGGCCCCGACAGUCCCAGACCUGUUCCUCGGCUCCCCAAAGCCCAGCCGGAUCCAGAUUAACUCCGUCAGGGUCGCCGAGCUGGAUCUGUCACUCAUCCCCGACGCCGGGCUGCAGCUCAGCAUCGACGUGGACCUCGGCAUCACACCCGCCCCCUCCACCACCAAGGCGAUGCGGCUGUCCAUCCUGGCAGACCUCCACGUGGAAAUGAACCCCGAGGGGAACCUGGAGCUGGUGACCUCCUCCUGCAAACCCACCGUGGACGAGGUGCCGAGCACCGCGGAGUCAGAAAGCAAGUCCUCCAGUUCGGACAUGGACAAGGAGAUUAAUGUUGAUAAGGUUUGCCUGGAAGUCUCCAAACUGCUGCUUUUGCCAAACGAACAGCUGAUGUCUCUGACAGCUCCGUUCCCCGUCACGCCGAGUUGCCAGGUCCAGUACCUGCCCCUGGCUGCACCCAUGUUCUCCCAGCAGGGAGUCACCGUAUCCUUGCAAACGACUUUCCAGGUGGUAGGAAUGGCGAUCCCGCUGCCAGUGAGCCCCGUGCCGUUCAGCAUGCCUGAGCCAGCAAGCUUCAGCCCUUCCCACCUCACCCUGGCCUUCUCCGAGCACUUCUACACCAGCCUCUUCUUCGCUCUGGAGAUGGCUGGAGCCUUCAACAUGACCAUCCCGGUGAGCAGAGCAAGCGAGGAAGGAAUAGAGAACACGC